UGGAGCUGGGCUCCCUCUGUUGAAGUACACUGUGCUGGGCGGCAGGGGCCAGUGUGAACCGGUUUGUUUUAGCGGCGUCUCUGGGUCAGUUGAGCAAUAACAGGAGUUUAGGACUCAAACACGCACUGUUUCUCUACGUGUGGGGACUAAAUUGGAUUCGUAAGACGUGUGAAUAUCCAGACUUUGUUACGCGGAAAGGCGGCUCUUUUAACAGCUUAUUUUUACGUGUUUUAUUGUCUGAUGUUUGGCAACCCGGACCUAAGGCUAAGGUCCUGCAGCUGGUUAGCCAGCUGAUCGCAGUAAACAGCUCCUGACAGGCUGCUGUAGGUGUUUGUCACUGCCAUGCCCACAUUUGGAUGACCCGAGGGACUCACUGAUAAAAGGAUCCAGACUUCCAGCUCCUUAUGGCUGUAUAUGAUGAGAACAUCCUGAAGAAUCCUUUCUACUUGGCAUUAGAGAAACAGAGACCGGACCUCUGCAGUCGAGUGGCAGAGAUCCACGGCAUCGUUCUGGUUCCUUGUUGUGGAAGUUUGGCCGUCAGCAGCUACUCAGACUCUCAGUUUGAGAACUAUGUUCUGCAGCCACUGGAGGAUGGAUACCAGACUGUGGAUGGAAAGGAGGUCAGGAUCCAGGACAGGCAGGUCCUGCUGGGAUCCGGCUUUCCGGCUCCGGCGUCGAUCCCCAUCCUGUUUGAUGAAACCUUCUACAAUGACCAGGAGCAGAGCUACAGCAUCCUGUGCAUCUCCAGGCCCUUCGAGGUGGAGCCGAGCCCGGGUGAGCUCAGCCCACCACCCCCAUACUGUCUGAAGAGCCUGGAGGAGGUCAGGGAGUUCUUGGGCCGCCACGCCCAGAAGCUGGACAAAUUCAUCCACGGCUUCUGUCAGGCCUUCAAAGAGCAGGAGAGGAAGGGACUCCGACACCACAUAGACUCGGUGAACGGUCUUUACACUAAAUGUCUUCAGUGUCUGCUGAGAGACUCUCGCCUGAAACUUUUGGCGAAACAGGAGCUUCAGAUGACUCUUCUCAAACAGGCUGUAGAGAUGUAUGUUCAUCAUGGUAUCCAUGAUUUAAUUUUUAACUUUGUGGGAACACUUGAAGCCAGCCAGGAUGCCGCCUUCAACAAAACCAGCAGGAGUCUGCAGGAGCUGCAGCAGAAAGACCUGGGAGUCAAACCUGAGUUCAGUAUUAACUUGUCUCGGGCAAAGAGAGAGCUGAGUCAGCUCAACCAGCAGACCUCCCCCCUCCUCAAACUGUUCUGCCUGCGCAGAGUCGCCCUGACGGCCACACAGACCCCCAGACGCACUGUCAGUAUAGAGGCUGUGUGUGCGGACGACCUGCUGUCUGUCGUCCUCUAUCUGCUGGUGAAGACGGAAAUACCCAACUGGAUGGCCAACCUGAGUUACAUCAGGAACUUCUGCUUCAGCCACUCCAGUAAAGAUGAACUCAGCUACUGUCUGAGCACCUUCGAGGCUGCAGUGGAGUACAUCAACCUGGGGAAGCUGCAGGACACCGGCUCAGGCGAGCUGAAUGACAAGGCACUGUUCAAAGAGAGGAUGAGUCUGCUGUAUCAGAGUGCUGCCACGCCCAUUCACUGUCUGUUUGAGCACAUAGCGAAUGGAAACGAAGUGGAGGUGGAACGUCUGCUGAGUGAAGGAGAGAACAACGAGGACGUCAAGAUGUGUCACCCCCUCUGUUCCUGUGACAUCUGUGACCUCCAGCUGUCCGGCCGUUUGAACGACCCAUCCAUCGUCACGCCAUUCUCCAGAGACGACCGAGGUUACACUCCGCUGCACGUCGCUGCAGUCUGUGGUCAGUCUCAGCUCAUUGACCUGCUGGUAUGUAAAGGAGCGCCCGUCAACGCCACAGACUACCACGCCCUGACACCACUGCACCUGGCCUGUCAGCGGGGAUACCAGGGAGUCACGCUGCUGCUCCUGCACUACAAAGCUAACACAGACGCUCAGGACAACAACGGCAACACACCGCUGCACCUCGCCUGCAUGUACGGACACGAGGACUGUGUGAAGGCGUUGGUGUACUACGACGUCCAAACGUGCCGUCUGGACCUGCAGAACGAUAAAGGCGACACAGCGCUGCACAUGGCGGCCCGCUGGGGCUACGAGGGAAUCAUCCAGGUGCUGCUGGAGAACGGAGCGAGCACCGACAUCCUGAACAAGAGCAAAGACUCGCCGCUGCAGUGUGCACUGAACUCCAAGAUCCUCAUGUUGUUACAGUCGACCCAGAACGGACGUCAGCGCAGUGGCAGCGGAGUCGAUUCGCCCAGUCGCUCCCCUCUGGCCUCAGACUGCAGCAGCCGUCGCUCAUCCAUCUCCAGCACAUCCUCUCUGGGCUCCGAGGCCAAACCAGAGGGAGAACGGGUCCGACACAGAGAGGUGGAGAAGCUGCUGCGUGCUGUGGCAGACGGUGAUGUGGAGAUGGUGCGUUACCUGUUGGAGUGGAUGGAUGAGGAAGAGGAGGAUGAAGGAGAACUCCGGUCCGAGGCUCUGCUCUGCCACCCACUGUGUCAGUGUCCGAACUGCGCUCCCACUCAGAAGCUAUCCGUCCUGCAGGCCGGAGCUCUCGGCGUUAACAGCUGUAACAUUGACGGUUUCACACCUCUCCACGUUGCGGCCCUACACGGCCACUCUGCGCUGGCUGCCUUGCUGAUCCGCCACGGAGCCAACGUCAACGCUCGCACCAACCAGAGUGCUACACCGCUUCACCUGGCCACCCAGAACAGCCACGUCCAGGUGGUGAGGUUUCUGCUUGAGUGCAACGCCAAACUGAACAAGAAAGAUCACUAUGGCAACACGCCUCUAAUACAUGCCUGUCUCUGUGGAAACCUGGAGACAGCCACCACCCUGUUACAGAGUAAUGCAUUGGUGAACGUAGCGAACCUUCAGGGCAACACGGCCCUACAUGAGGCGGUGCGGGGUGGACACCAGGCGCUGGUGGAGCUGCUGCUGAGGGGUGGAGCCUUGCCUGGCAUCAGGAACAAGAGGCAGAGGACGGCGCUGGACUGCGCCUACGAACUGGGCGGCAAGAACACUGAGAUCCUGAGAGCUCUGCAGAAAGCGUCUGGACUGUCUCCUGACGAUGAACCAAUCAAACUCCUCUCUGUGCCCAAAGGCGCUCUGGCUCAUUCAUUCGUCCAGCGCCUGAGGCUGCAAGAUCACGCCAACGGGAGGAGACAGAAGCUGGCCAUCAGCAGGAUUCAACAGAUGAAGAAAGGCUCCUCUGGUCCUCCCCCCAGGUCUUUAUCCCCAAACCAGGUGAAUCCUGACAGGAGGAGGUUGAGGCGAGGUGAGACGGUGGAGGUCAGCAGCCCCUCAGCAAGCCUCAACGCUGGGCCCCGGCUGAGAGAGCGGCCCCUGGGUCGCUGUCACACCCUUGACUCUGGAGAACAAACACCAGAGCAGCCUGAGCCCUCACACACUCCAGACACGACUGAACAAACUCCACCAGAGAGUAAUCAGACACACACUCCGAGCGACAGCCCUCCUUCAGUAGGUGUUCAGAUGUCCACAGAUGUAGACGAUACACAGGCUGACACCAGUCAAACACACUCCACCGAUGACUGCAGCACCGGCAGUGAGACUCCACCAUCCUCGCCCUCUAAUGCACUGUCACGUGUUGAUAAUGUGUGUGAACCCCCUCCUACACACACGUUUAUAGAUGACUGUGCUUCAUACGACCCCACCGAGCCGUCUGACCCCAUCAGCCCUCUGAAUGGACAGCUAGAGUCAUCUGACGACCAGACUCACAGUGAAAAUAAGGCUUUGCAGUCUGGAAGCGAGGGCGGUGAGUCCAGUCCCACCUGCUCUGCUGACAUCCACCCAAUAACCCAGACUGAUGAAGAUGACCAGAGAGACACCAACCAAACGCCAGAAACGAGCACAGAGUUGAACCACGGAGGCUGCAACUGAAAUGGUGACGUUAUAGAGGAGCACUGACCUGAUUUAAACUUCUGGUUUCCCUUUUCCUCGACAUGAAACAUUGCACAACACCAAAAACUUAAAUGUUUGCCAAAAGGAAAAACGAAAAGCACACAGUUUCCAAACAGAUAUGGGGGUAACUCCCUUGUGAAGCCAAGCUGACUCGUACUGUAGCUGACAGAGUGACAUCUACCAGCUGCUUGUUGAAGUUCUUUCGACUGUUUUAAUUCUGCAGAAAUUCAAAGGGUCGGUUCCACCGACUUACAAAACAAUAUGUUUUCUCACUUAUCCCUGGUGGUAUCUAAUCAUGAAGACAGGUUUGAUAUAGGGAAUCUGUUCAUCUUUAUUGUAUUUGGUGUGGAGGCAAAUUAAAGAACACAUGUCCAUUGCAAACACUGAGAGAAAUAAGCGAGAAAAUGUGUUUGUAAUUUGGGUGUGCUGUCCCUUUUUUAAAGUCACAAUGAAGUGCUAAAAUGUAGUUUUCUGCAUUACACAUCUCAAUUUUUGUGCCACCUCAUAUUCACCGACAAAGUCCCUGCUGAUUGCUGUUCACAUUGUAAAACUCAGCUGACAGUUAUGAGCUUUUCGGAGCACACAACAGCAUCUUAAUAUUCAGAUGACGUAAAAAAAACAAAACAGCAAAAUACAUUUUCAUUAUCUUAUAUUGUUUUAUUUUGAAAUCACUUUAAUUUUCUGGGAAACCUUGGAUCCCCCCCCCUUUUUGUUCUGUGCUCCAAUCACGGUUGAGCUAGCUUCGGUUAACUUUCCUCUUUCCUGUACUUAAACAUGCAAUGUGCUAAAUUUUGAAGAGAGUAAGAGCGACAAAUGUGUAGUCACAUCUUAAGUUAGUGAAUGUUAGCUAGCAUUUUUGCUAACACUACCUAACAAAUCUACAACAGUUGUUAGUUAGCUAGUUACACGUCAUUUCACUCUUAUCUUUGAACAAAUUUCAGACGAGCUAACAGGACUUAGUAAGGCUUACUUGUGGAUCAAGUACAGAAAAACAGUGUUGCACAUUACGGCUUUAAAUCAAACUGACUUUCCCUUCACUACUUGACAUACUGUUCAUUUGCACUUGUGUUUGUUAAUUUAAAGGGAACAGAGGAUAAAACAUUUUAACCUUUUUGAAAACAUAAGUGUAUGUGCUGCAGUUAGCCCAGUGCAUACAUUGUAGAACUCAAACAUCUAAAAACAGAACUGAAAUCAGAAAGAAAAAGAAUGGAUGUUGAAAUUUUGUUUGAAUGGUUACUACCAGCAUUAUGUUGCAUCCUGUUUCAGAGUCUACUAAAAUAUCAUUUAAUUGUGACUUUAACAGGUCAGAUGUAACAUUAUCAGACUUUCAGUUAAAUUCCUCCUGUCUGAAGGCGGCUCCUCUAUCUCCUCCUCUUUUCACCUGAGUUUGAAGCACUUUCUUUCUUCUAGCUUUUACAAAAAAACAAAAAGGGAUGCAAGUUUCAUACCGUAUGAAUGUUGUUAUUUAGUUGUGUUUUAGGCCACUAGACUGUAGCUCUGAUCUGAGCACCAGACUUCAUUUGAAGAAGUCUUUUUUAUUUUACUUGAAUAUUAGACAGUUUCACUGUUAAAAAUUAAUUUACAGUUUGCUAGAUUUGCUCUUCUUCCUUGUUUAAUAUCGUACUACUCUACUUGUGUUUUUAAUAGGAUUAUUUUAUUUUUGUAUGACUCCCGUUGAUGGUAGUGUGUCGUGUAUUCAGAGAGGUUCAGCUUCUCCUGGAUGUGUUUUCUCCACAGAUUUCCUUCCUUUCAACCACUGAUUUCACUUUAUUUCUGUGAAAAUGAACUUGCGGAGACUUGAACAUUGCUGCUGAUAGAUAAUCCAUCACAGCUGAAAACAUCAGGGCAGUAAAACUCAAAUACAAUAUGACGCUAUAGGUAUACUGUACUCAAAAAUUACCUUCAUGAUGCAUUCAAGAACACUCGAACAACAUGAAUGUGUUUUAAAUUUGUUGCUUUUAUGCAACUGGCUGUCAGUAGUCUGUCCUUGAACACAGCAACAGGGAGUGUCUUGAAAAGGAUCUGUGCUUACAAUAUAAUGUAGAUUGAUACUAGCAAAUAUUUGUUAUAUAAAUUAAAUACUGAUGGAUAACUUAUUUCAAGAAAGUUUCAAGUCGUUGUAAGUUGAUUUUUGCAGCAAACAGAAGUGAAACCAUCUGCCCGCCUUCAGGACCAAUAGAAGAUUUUGAAAUUGAUCAGCAGUGAUGUCAAACAUGGAGCAAACCCAGCUGUUUAGUCCUUUAACAGUAGAAGAUAUUUACUGGUAUAUAAUACAUUAGAACACAAUGAAACUGCUGCAGUACUGUAGUCACUAUCAGUGUUACUGUUUACACUAUCACAGAGUUCACCUAGUGUGUGAAACAACAGACAGUUUCAGUGACCUCCUUUGACUCUCCGUUCUUUGUUUUUCUGUCAGUUUUUUCAACUCUAACCCUAACUUUGUUUUUGACCCGUCCGUCACGGACACAUUCGCCAAUUCUUCAACAAAGCAGCGUCUUUGUGUUUUAACAGUGUUUAAACAGAAAGGAUGUCAGACCCAAUCAGAAGUCAAGUCUUAAUUAUUUUUGUACCACUGUUUUUAAUUUCAGGUUCGGAUGUUUAAAUUUGUUGUGAAUGUGCCUUAUUUAAUUCACACCCAAAUAAUCAAUAAUAAACCUGUCAUUGAGACUA